AUGUGUUCUCUCGUAGCAUCCUAUCUCAAUUUUUCCCAUGAUGCUUCUUGCCCGCCACCUGAGCAGCAAGAACGUUCCUCUUCCUCAAGUUCCUUUCCAUGGACAACUAGCCACAAUGGAAGGAGCUCUAUUGGCGAGCUGAUACGAAGCGCGUCGCUCGAGAAUGUUUACGCCUUGGUGGGAUCUCCUUCUUGCAUCAAAUCCAAGGUUGUAAAUAUCGUCGAGGUGGAUGGCCAAACCAAGCUCAUUGGUUUUGAGAUUCCCAAGAACCAGGAGUAUCGAUUUGACCAGCAGCAGUUUGUUGCGGUCUACUACGCUGAAAAGAAAACAGAUGUGGUGGAAGCUGGUACUUUUCCCAUCAUGUCCAUCAAGCACAAUAUGCUUGGGGCUCCUAUUGUGUACAUUGCGGUUCGCGUGGACGAAACACAUGAUCCUCACAGCAUGGCAACAUUCCUUUACGAACAAGGACGUCCCCUUCUAUCUGCCAACUUGGUUCCUUAG